UCGCUGCCUCGGUGUGCGGUGCAUCGGUAUACGCUUCGGGCGAUCCGUUGUCCCGUUCGUCGUCGAGGACACCGUGAAACCCGGCCUAUAAAUUUCGCGUCUCCAAUAUUAUCCUCGACCCUUAAAAAGAAGGAAAAAAAGGUGCCGAACCUUUUCGAAGAAGCUGAAGAUCUUCGUGUGAAUUGUUCAAAAAAUCAAUCCAAAAAAGUCAGAAGAAACACCGAUAUACUUGGUCGGUGUAUCGCAUUUUUGGAGGUACACACAGUGUCAAAAAAUCUCCUUCUAACAACAAAAAAAGUUCGAAAGAUUAUUUCAUUCGUGAAGAGAAACGAAUAUUAGAACAAUCGAAUAGCGGGUGUCAGAAUAAGAAUAUAUCGGUGCGCGGGUGCGUUAUCAGUGUCGAUCUUGUAAUUGUUCGAUGUAUACAUGUUUGGAUUCAAUACCCAAUUGGAUAUUCAGGAUUUUUGACAGCGCUACUCAUGGCAGCCCGCGGUCGGAGUGACGUCAAUAAAAGUUGGACGAAUGUGAAAUAAAUAAAGGGACAGAGAGCGAAAAAAGACUGGAAGCACACAAAGGCCGGGGCCGAACGUCGUAACGAGCUGAAUCGAGAGAGCGGAGCAAGAGAAAAAUAAAAGGAGCGGAGAAGCGAGGAGAAGAAAAGGCAGCGAGGAUGAAACCGUGGGGGCUCUAGAUGCGUGGCAAAGAGAAGAAAACGAGAUAGGCGAAAGCCCGGUCUCGUCUUACUGUCGAAAAAGGGAGAGAAAAGCAAGCAGUUGGCGAGGAGAGGGCCGGAGGAGGAAAGAAAAAUAGGAUAUCGAAGAAAAGCACAGAGCGAGAAAGAGAGGGAGAGGAAGAAAGUGAAAAAAAAUAAAAACGGCAGUGGAAGGAAGGAAUGGGUGCCGGGAUGGGUAGGAACGGUACGAGCGGCGGUGGUUUGCUCGAGGCACUACCCACGGGUACACCGCUCCACGUUGCAAUGCUCGGCCUCGACAGUGCUGGAAAAACAACUGCACUCUAUCGUCUAAAAUUUGAUCAAUAUCUCAACACGGUGCCCACCAUUGGCUUCAAUUGCGAGAGAGUUCGCGGCGGUAUUGGAAAAGCCAAAGGCGUCAGCUUUCUCGUCUGGGACGUGGGUGGACAGGAAAAGCUUCGACCUCUUUGGAAAUCUUACACGAGAUGCACCGACGGCAUCAUUUUUGUCGUCGAUUCUUGUGACGCUGAGAGACUCGAAGAAGCUAAAAUGGAGCUAACGAGGACCGCGAGAAGUCCUGACAAUGCUGGAGUCCCGAUACUCAUACUCGCCAACAAACAGGAUCUUCCCGGUGCGAAAGAGGUUGGUGAGCUGGAGAAGCAUUUGGGUGUUUUGGAAUUGGCAGGAUCGCCUGGAACGUCGUGUAUAAGAGUACAGCCGGCGUGUGCGAUAACCGGUGAGGGUUUGCACGAGGGUCUCGACACGCUUUAUCAAUUGAUCCUUAAGCGACGUAAAUUGGCCAAGUUGAAUCGUAAGAGGGCGAGGUAGGCCCGGGCCUCGGAGGACUGCACAUGCGUCUUCUGAUAUUGCCCAACGAGCACGACGACGACGACGACGACGAGAACGACGAGAACGGCGAUAAAAACGACGACGGAUGCCUUAACGUCGUCAGCGCCGGGAGUCGAGAGCUCGAGGCGCGUUGUACGCGGCAACGAAAAAAAACACGAGACCAAUCUCACAUUCGUGGUCGAUCCCGCGAGCGCAGCGGCCACUUUGCGGGAUAUUCAUCGAGACUCAAGACUGAAUCACGACCAAGAAGAAAAACGCGUUACUUUUGAUCCGAAACUCGAUUAAAAUGAAGGAGAAACACAAACGAAACGGGAAUUUUAUGGUUUUUUCGAUUUUCUUUUAUAAAACACGACCAAAAAACAAAUCGUUGAGUUUAACCAAAAAUUAUAUUGCGACGAAAAUGUCUUGAAUUUUCAUUUUUAGUGACACUUUUCAUUCGAUCGUCGUCAAGGUACCAACGCGAAGAUUCUUUCUCGCAUUGUCCCGAGAGAAAGAGGCACUUUCGUCAAUUGUCUUCGACAUGCGACCUUCUUUUUUCAUAAUAUAUAUAUAUAUUCAUUUCAAUGUAUUUACAAAGCUAUGUAUAUAUAUUGUGAAAAAAAAAACAGGAAAGGAUCGCUUCCAGAGCCCUCUUACGCUUAACUUAUCACAGAGACAAUCCGCUUUCUCGGGCUCUAUGAAAUUACCAUCGUCGCACACUUAUUGCGCUGUGCGAAUCCCAAGUUUUUUGCGCGUCAACUCGCGCACAAUGAGAGUCUCUCUAUUCAGUGGCUGUAACAGGCUCAAAAAGACAUUCUUAAGAAGGAAAAACUCGUGGGAGGAAUAAGGGAAAAAAGUUAAAAUGAAGGUGCGUGGCUGAAGAAUUUCAAAGAGUGCUCUAAUUUUCUCCGAACUUCUUGCUUUAGAAUUGAAGCGGCUUGUACACUUUCCGUGCCCCAAACAAGGUGCUCGUGUUGAUUUUUCGACUCUAUCCCCAUGGAAAUUCAGUGGGUUUUUCGAUAUUUUUCAAAUUUAAUACUUUCGUUCGUUGCUUUUGUUUUAUGAACGAUUCUCAUGUUACUUGAGUCCUUCGAGGGUAAAGUGAAAAAAUAAAGAAGAAAGUUCGUGCACGUUUGUAUUCUCGAGCAGUGAGAACAUUUAGUCCAAAUGAGAGAUUUGUCCCCAAGGGUUUAAUCGCCAAAGACAACGAUUUAGACGUACCAAGGACUCGUGAGAAAUAUUCUCCCGUCCCUCUUCGGUAUUCCUGUGAGGUGCAAAAGAAUUGUACAUGUUUCUCUCUUGUGUAACGUCUUUCUUGCCUGUCUCUCUCUCUCUCUCUCUCUCGCUCGCUCACCGUUUCUACAUCUCCGAUUCCCCAUCACUGUCGUAGUUCUCUGUUACCAGCUCACCCAGCAAUUGCGUACUCGUGCCUAUCCAUUUUUUACACCUUUUAUAUCUUGCUGCAUAAUACUAUAUGCUGUAUAAAAAGAUUUACUACUCUCGCAAGCGAGAGAGGGAAAGCGCGAGUGCGAGAGAGAGAGAGGGGGGCCCCUAAAGAAAAAAGCGACGACUCCAAUGUAGCGUUGAGAUUAGAGAGCGAGUAUUUGUAACGUAUGAUUGUUGUGUGAGCGAAACAGCGGGAAGGGUGUGGAAAAAAACGUAAAGGGGGGAAAACAGAGCCACGAGUAGCGACGUCGUCGUAAGAAAAUGUGUCUCUGAGAUUUUUAUUCCAACAUGCAAACACAGUGAACGUGUUGUUAUUUAUUUCGCGUGAGUUCCUUGGAUUAUCACCCUCCCAAAACCAGGAUUGAAUAUUUUCUUCCAGUUCCUCCAAUCCUCAGAACAAUAACCAUCGAAAUACUAUUUUUUCGUCGUCUCAUAUAUAAAAAAAAACAAACAAAGCGACAACGGUGUUUUGCGCGCUCAAUUUUUCGUCGUGGACUCAUCGACCGAACGAUUUCGUUCGCAACUUCGAAACAAAUGAUUCAAGAGUUCGCGUACUUGGGACAAAUGUGCGUUGACGAGUGUAACGAGUGAUUUAUGCUAGUCGAUCGGACAGUUCGGUAAACGAUGAAUACAACACAAAAUACCUAUAGCAAAUAUAUAUACAAAUCUUAUAAAUAUAAAGAAACAAAAAUAUGUAUAUAGCGUCGUCGGGAGAGGAGGAAAAAAGGCGUGAUCGAGUGAGCGGAAGUGUGUAAAUAGCGGAUGAGCCGAGCAAUCGGCUCGUAUCAAAGCUCGGUCGAUAUUUUUUCGUCUUUACUUUGUUUUCUAGAAAUACUUAAUAAUUGUGCUCAGUGGCUCCGAGCUCGGCUAUUCCAAAUGAGAUAAUUGUUAAAUUCUUCGUUUCGUCUCGUUCGACGUUUGUUGUUAGAGAGCUUUUAAAACACCCUAAAAAAAAUCGUUAUGAGAAAAUAGAGAGUGUAAUAUUAAAUGAUACUUGUAACAGGGAAUGAAAAUCCGCUCGAAAUGUGUCAAUGUGCUGCGGGAAAAUUUCGAAAAGAGAUAAUCUCACUUGUAAUCAGAUCGAGUCACGAGCCACUUACCAGUUUCAAAUAGUCGAACACAUAAUUGUUGUUUUUUAUAUCAACUUGUCGUUCGAGGAGAACACAAAACUCUAUAUUAUAAUCUUAACGACCUUGCCCUUGUUGUGUUUUUUCUAUUACAUAUAUAUAUAAACAUAAAUAUAUAUAUAAAUAUAUAAAUACAA